UGCAUGCGUGCGCGUGUGUGUGUGUGUGUGUGUUUCUGCGAAUCUGAACCUCUCCGGGACCGGGACCCACCGCCAACAUGAGCCAAACGCUGCCUGAAAACGAAAUGAAGUCUAAGAUGCAGCAGGCGAUGAAGAUGAAGGACGAGGACAAGCUUUAUAAGCGAGAGGGAAUCCUGUACUCCACGAUCCUCAGCCCUCCAGAGACCCUGGACAAGUUAAAAGACCUGCAGGCCAGAGAGGACGAUCUCGUCCUGGUGGCGUACCCUAAAUGCGGGUUCAACUGGAUGGUGGCAGUCUUGCGGAAGAUCUUGAAUGCCUCCACCGGAAAAAACGAGAAACCGCCUGAAAUGCCUCCUCUGGUGGAGUUUUUACCUCCAGAUGUUCAAGAGAAACUGUCUGAAAUGCCCCCGCGGAGGCUUCUGGGAACUCAUCUGCACCCUGACAACAUCCCUCCCUCGUUCUUCACUAAGAAACCAAAGAUUCUGGUGGUGUUCAGAAACCCCAAAGACACACUGGUCUCAUAUUUCCAUUUCAUGAACAAAAACCCGGUUCUGCCCAGCGCUGAGCCGUGGGACAAGUUCUUCUCAGACUUCAUGGCUGGUGAAGUGCCCUGGGGCUCUUAUUUUGAUCACGCUCUCGCCUGGGAGAAACAUCUAGACGACCCAAACGUGAUGAUCGUGACGUACGAGGAAAUGAAACAGAAUCUGGCAGAAGGCGUGAAGAAAAUCUCGGAGUUCUUCAGCCUUCCUCUGACCGAGGAGCAGGUCGGCGGCGUCGCCGGAGAAAGCACCUUCAACGCCAUGCUGGAAAACUCACAGAAAUCUCAUGGCAAUUUUGGCAGCAUCUUCUUCAGGAAAGGUGAGGUGGGCGACUGGAAGAAUCAUUUUUCUGACGCCCAGAGCGAGCGGAUGGACGAGCUUUUCCAAGCCAAGCUCGCCGGGACAAAACUGGGAGCCAGAAUGAAGUACGACCUUUACUGCCAAUAAACGGGCCGACAGGGAUUUACCGUCAUUCACGGCAGCCGUUCAAUUCCAUUGUUUACCAUAAGCACAAAAACCUCACUGUCGUUAAUCCUCAUUCUGUGUAUUAAUAUCAUGAUUAAAAAAAGAUGACGUCAA